UGUUGUUUAUGUUUUUGUGCAUAUGCAGCUGUAACCUCAUUUGAACCGUUUGCGUGCAUUUCACUGUCUAAUACCAACACUAACUCCCAAUUAUAGUAAAAUCUAAAUUAACAAUUCUGAGCAAUAGAGAAGUAUUACGCUCAAGCUUUUUUUUGCAUAAGCCUAAAAUAUAGUAAAAAUCAUAUUUACUUUACGGCAAAAUGCGUAUAGAUUCUUUUUUCAAAAAAAUUUGUCAUUAUUUUACUACUACCAGAUUAUUUUGGACUGUAGUUAUCAGUAUAUCCUGUUGGAAUAUGUCAUCAAUUUUUAUUUUAAUGUUUAAAAGAUACCUUUCCGAUUCAAUCAGUAUAAGUGUCGAAACUUCAUUUCUGCGUUGGAGUAAUACAUUCCCUUCCGUAACACUCUGUUUGUCAAAAAAUCGAUCGAACACUGAAGUUAUGGACUAUGUGAAUCAGCAUAAUAUUAAUUAUAUAAAAAAUAUUCAUAACUAUUUAUUUGUCACUCCAACUAAUAUAAAUAUCAAAGAAAAUUACUGUAAAGGCCUAAAUUCAACAUGUGGAGUCAAUAUUCAUAUUGCAAGAAAACAAUUGCUUACACAAGUUUGUGAGUCUAUAAUAACAAGCAUAACGUUUUUAGAUGAUGAGCACAAAUGUGAAAAAAUAUUUAAAUUCCAUGAUCUUGAAAUGGGUUAUUGUUUUCUUGCUAAUAAUAUAAUUGAUUAUCACAAUUUAGAUGAAUUGCCACUAAGAUUCGGUUCUUUUGGUGCGAGAAAAUCUUUGAAAAUGUUUCUAAAACCAGCAUCUUUUUGGAGAUACGAGAUGUAUGUCCAUAGCAAUGAGGACAUACCAUACUUCGGGUUACUCUCACACACUUUAGGACAGGAUCAUAUCAAAUAUACUUACAAUAUGGAAGAAAUGCAAAAUAGUGUGGAAGUUAUAGAUGAAAGCUUUAAAACAAGGAAGUGCAAGUCUCCACAUGAUGUAAUUUACGGAUCGUUUUAUCACUACAGUUUUUCAACCUGCAUGACCGAUCUUAGGAUUGUUUUGGAGGUGAAGUAUUGUAAUUGUACUUUAUUCACGUCCCCAAAAAAAUACUUCAAUUAUUUUUGCGAUAUUCAUGGAAUGGUAUGUGUUUCCAAAGCGGAUAUUACUUCGAAGGCUAAACAAAUCGCCAGAGAGAAAUAUAUAUGUUAUCCAUCAUGCUCGGAGCUAAAACUUCAAUUUGUUGGAUCCGCAGAAAUAAAAAAAUCAUCUCAAGCAGGCUUUGCAUUAAUAGAGAUUGAAAUACAAAAUACUCCUUCCCUUCGAUAUAUAAGAAGCGUAACCCAGACACAUCUGGAUUUAGUUGUUUCAGCAGGAGGCGUUAUAGGUUUAUUUAUAGGAGCUUCUAUACUGAGUGCCAUUGAAUGUACAUAUUUUUUCUUUAAAAAAAGUUUCAUUAUGUAAUUAAAAUAUAUUGUAUGAGUAAACAAAUUGCUAUUAGUCCAAAUUAUAUACAUACAUAUGUUGACCAAUAAAACAAAUCGCAACGUUUUUGGACUAUUUCACUUAAGUGUGUAAAGCGAAGCAUAUACGAGGAAUAUUGUUCCAAACAUGGUUGAAGGC